GUUUAGUUUAUGACAGCACCCAAAUACAAUCUUGGAACGGUAAUAAUUUGAAGAAAAUUCUGUGUGCAAAAAUCAAGCGAUGGCAUCGGACCGUGUAUAUUAAUUUGUAAAAAUAAAUUAAUGUCUACCUUAUUUUUUCUUCGAUUGAAAGAAACAAAAAUCUGUGGUUAAGAAACUAAAAUAAAUCCAUCAUAAAAAUGGAUCAAGUUUACCGAAAUCUUGGUGAACGUAAGGAAAUUCCAAUGCAAAAAGUGUGAGGAAAAUAAAUAUAAAAAAGUAAAUCUUUGUGAAUGUUAUGUGUUAAGUUAUGUGGCUUAAGCCUUUUUGAAGUGUUUUUUCCUCACUAUUUAAUUUUACCCUUCAGGUAAAUGUUGUAAAUGUGAUAGAAGAAAAUAACACAACAUAUUUAAAAAUCGAUAGGUACUUAUUUAACAUACUUCUCCUACCUCCCACUUUUCUUUUUCGUGGUCGUCCAAGUCUUCUGCCAAAUUUUCAACUUACUUAAUGCAAAAUUUGCAAAAAUUCAAAACACGAAGGAAAAUAAUGUCACGUCGAGCGAAUUUAAUCGGAAUAUGCGGGGUCAGCAGCCUCUGCAUUUUAUUGCUGAUAGCUACGACCCAGCACCGUCCGCUUCCGGCUUCGGAUCAUCAAAUAACAACCAUGACGGAGACCUACAACCAAUCCGUUACCAUGGUCGAUGUGUUUGCAAACCAGAGAUCAAAAAUCGCUACUGAGAUGGAGAACUUUGAGUAUCCAUCUGGGCGAUUUGGUGUUGAUGCGGAGAAACUGUCUGAUCUGACUCCAGAAAUGGGAGGUCAGCCAGUUCGAAGUGUUGUCGUUACUACAUGGCGUUCGGGAUCGACGUUCCUCGGUGACAUCCUUAAUGCCAUGCCAGGUAAUUUUUACCAUUACGAACCAUUGUUAAAUUUCGAUAUCCGAAGGAUUCGUGGUCCUCCGGACGAGAAAAAGGCUAUUGGCAUGUUGAAAAAUCUGCUGCACUGUGACUACUCGGAUAUGGGGGAGUAUUUGGAGUACGGGAAGGAGCAUAAGUAUCUUUUUGAGCAUAAUGAACGGCUUUGGGCACAAUGCAAGGAGUAUCCACAGUUUUGUUGGAAGGCAAAGUUCCUAACACCAUUUUGUAAAUUAUUUCCCCUGCAAAGCAUGAAAGUGGUUAGAUUGAGGCUAGCCUUAGCUGAGCAACUACUCGAAGAUAAAAGCCUGAAUGUCCGAUUACUUUUGCUUGUACGUGACCCACGUGGUACAAUGCAAUCGCGGAAACAUCGCCUCUGGUGCCCCGGUAAUCCCGACUGCGACGAAGCUUCGAACUUGUGCAAUGACCUUAUAGAUGACUACAAAUCCGCAGAGGUUCUCAUAAAAAAAUAUCCGUCCCGAUUUAGAACUCUAAGAUACGAAGAUUUAUCUGUAAAUCCAUAUGAAGUGACACUAGAGAUAUUACAAUACUUUGGGUUACCAUUUGAUCCUAUGGUGGAAGAAUUCUUAGAUACACACACUAAACUUAAUAUUGGCGGUGUAAGUUCCACAUUUAGAGAUUCUAAGUCAGCACCAUUCCAUUGGAAGAAUGAUCUAUCAAUCGAAGAGAUUGAAAAUAUUCAAGAAACCUGCACAAAAGCGAUGGAACUAUGGGGUUAUCGCCAUGUAGAUACUUCUGUAGAAUUUACAAAAUCUUUUGAUCCAUUAAUACUUCCGGCACCGUUUUCGUGAGUCGGUUUUAUUUAUUAUAUUUUUGUGAUAUUCCAGGUGAUUAUAGAAGAAAGAAGUAAAAAAAUACUAAUUACAACGCGCGUUUUACCAAGCAAUUUACUUUUAAGAUAAAGAAAAUAAAAACAAAUCCACAAGAAAAAUUGUCUUAACAAAAAAAAAAACAAAUGCUCGAAGAAAAAAAGAUUCGACUCAGAUUUAGAAAUUAUUAAUAUUAUGUAAUUAGCUCUCACAGUGUUCAAACACUGAAAGUUUGUAUAUUAUUUAAGACAAAUAUUGUUAAAAAUACCUACUAUACAAUAAAUAGUUUGAAAAAAUAAUUUUAAAAAAAUCAAAGUAAGAUACAAAAAUAUAUAUUAAAAAUAAAAAAAAACCUAUUUAAGAGUAGUCCACUAAGCAUCGUUAUUAAACAAAAUCAAUAAACCGUUUGUUAAUUCUCUUUUUUAAAAUAAGCAAUUGCAUGUAAAGUGUAGGUAUAUAGGCGAAUUAUAAAAUUUAUUAAAUUAAUAAAUUAAAACAAAACAAAAUAUCAACCAAUGCACGUGCCUAAGAAACUCAACAAAAAAAAAUAUUUUAACAAAAUACUAAAACUACACUACACAACAUGUUAUAUGAAACUAUAAAGUAUUUUUAAGAGAAUAGGAUGUGAAUGAAAAUUAUAACUCUUUUGAAUAAUAGGUUAAAUCUUAUUAAAAAUACAAAAAAUAAUCAAAAAUAAACAUUAAAAUCCUGCAAGAUAAAGUCAAAAAUCACUAGACUAGGCUGAUUUACAAAUUCCUUGAAAUCUUUUGUUUGUCCUAUUCCGAUGAGUAGGCUUUGCUUUCUGAAUUAGAAUGAUAUAAGCUUAUAGGUACAUGUAUCAAUGGUUAAGUAUACGUUUGUAUGUUAUUACAAUUCUUUAUCAUAAGCUGUUUAAAAGCCAAACAAAAUUGAUAUUCAUUACAGGCCUAUGUACAAUGUGCAUAUGUAUAUACAAUGAAAAAUGGAGGCGCUUACCACAGCAUGAUAAUUUUAUUUAAAUACAUAAUUUAAAAGUCGCAUUUUGUAUAAUGUUGCCGUUAAGAUAUACUUUACCUAUUCUAACAAAUUUCUUCUAAAACGCGACGUUUGGUAAUAUAUUUGUAGAAUAUUUUUUUCUGUACUUUGUGAUUUUUACUUUUGGGCCGACGAUAUUGUCUAACAGAAUUCAAAAAAUGAAUGUGGCAAACCAAAUCCAUCAUCAGGGAGGAACUGAUUUUAAUGCAAGUUCAGUUCAGGUCUAUGGACAUAUUUAGAAAAAUAAAAUUUUAAAGAUGCAGCCGUUGUGUUCAAAUUUUGAAUAUAGCAUCUCCCAGAUGAAAUAAGUAGCGGUUAAUAAUUUCUCAACAUUUUGCUAAUAGUAUUUCAUUGAUUUUAGCUAAGAAUACUUACUUUAUACAUACAGAUAAUACUUCUUUAAAAUAUUAAACAGCAUAUUUAUUCUUAAUUGUUACCCAAACUCCAAUGCUGUGAAUUGAAAAAAAAAAAUGGAUUUGAAAAUCAACCUAACGUUAAAUGUUUAUAUAUACAUAGGUAAGGCAACUCGAAAAUUGAACCGAUAUGCGAUAUCACAAUACGAAAUUAAUUUAAAUUGGUUAUCCAUUUCUCUACCUUGGCUACCACCGCAAAUAGCUUCAGUUUGACCAAGAUUUUAACAUAAAGUACUAAGGAUAUUAUUUUAACUCA